GCGUCAGUGAACGUUACACAUGGCGGCUCCUGUCACUUUAAAAGUUCAACGUCCAAGAAGAAACUCUUGAACUUCAACAUGGAGCUGAAGGAGCUGGCUGUGAACGCGUUAGCUCUAAAUAAGAAAGCCGCUCUUCUCAUCGGCGGAGCCGGCGUUGCUGUUCUAGGAUUAAGUCUCGGAUAUAAAUACCUGCGAAAGCCAGAAAAAGUUGUUCGUGUAGGCGUCGUGUCGCAACUCCUCAUUCACCCGCUGAAGUCUGGCAGAGCGCUGUCUGUGGCGCUGGCGGAGUGCCUCAAAGUCGGCUUGAAGUUUGGAGAGCUGCAGGAUCGACACUGGCUGGUGGUCACAGAGGACGGUCACAUGGUGACGGGCAGACAGCAGCCUCGUCUGGUGCUGGUGUCUCUGACCUGCGAGGGCGGCCAUGUUUGUCUGAACGGCCCAAACACGGAGGAGCUGCGAUUCCCCGUCAGACAGGACGACAACCCCGUCAUCAACUGCAGAGUGUUUGGAGCGGACAUUCAGGGACGGGACUGCGGCGACGAAGUGUCCCGCUGGCUCACGGGUUGUCUGGGGGCGGAGAGAACCUUUCGCCUGGUGCACUUUGAACCUCAGAUGAGGGCGAGGAGGUCGAUGGAGAUAGAGCCUGAGUUCCCACAGUGCGAUGUGGCGUACUCCGAUGUCGGACCUGUGAUGCUGCUGUCCGAGUCCUCUGUGAAGGAUCUCAGCAGCAAGCUGGAGAAGGACGUCACGGUGGAGCGUUUCCGCCCGAACAUCGUCAUUAGUGACUGUGAAGCGUUCGAAGAGGAUUCGUGGGAAGAGAUCCAGAUUGGCAGCGUGAGACUGCAGCGCGUCAUGUCAUGCGGACGGUGUACUUUCACCACCGUUGACCCUGAAACGGGUAUAAUCACCAGGAAAGAGCCUCUGGAAACACUGAAAAGCUACCGUCGGUGCAAACCAUCGGAGCAGCACAUCUACAAGUCGGCUCCGCUGUUCGGACAGCUGCACACCGUGAAGCAGACGGGGAUCCUGCAGGUCGGAGACGUCGUCUACAAGAUCAGCCGCUGACCGCGGGAGUCAGAGAUGUCGUGUACACACUAAAUAUCCCGGUGUCGCAGAGACGAAUCCUCUUCAACAACAAUUAUCAACUUUAUGUUUUAUUGUCGUUCCAUUUGUCUGCAUCACUUUCUAACAACUGCAUAUUGAGUUCAUUGUUAUUAAAUCCUGAAAGUGCACUCUGAUAUUAAAGAGAGAAACUGAAGUAUGUUUAAUAUAAUACUUAGCGUGUAAUUAAACAGGCAGAGAAACUGCUGAGCAACCUCUGGUGUUAAAAAUAGCUUUUAAAUUAAAUGUUAGAUAAAACUUUAAUUGAAAUAAAUAAACUGUCUAAAACACUGUU